AGCGGGUGUGUGUGCGCGCGUAUGUAUAUGUAUAUGCAGAGUGUAGUGCGCAUGCGCAGGCUUACUGCAAGAGAAUGGGAAAGCGUAUGGAGGAGUUUUCAUUUCGGCUGGAUGUGAGUGUGUGAGUCUGUGUGUCUGUGUCUGUGAGAGUUGUGGGGAUUGGUGUAAGGCUGGCAUUUUAUUGAGGAGUGUGUGUGUGUGUGUUUGAGGCAGAGAGAGCUGGAGUGUGUGUGAGAGAAAGAGAGCUAGUGUGUGUGUGUGUGUGUGUGUGUGUGUGUGUGUGUGUGUGUGAUAGAGAGAGAGAGAGAGAGAGAGAGAGCUAUAGUGUGUGAGUGAAUGAGAGAGAAAAAGAGCUAGUGUGUGUGUUUCUGUGUGUGAGAGAUAGAUAGAACAAGAGGUUAUGAGAGAGAGCUACAGUGAGUGAGUGAGUGUGUGAGUGUGUGUGUGUGUUAGAGAGAGAGAGCUUGUGUGUGUGUGUGUGUGUGUGUGUGUGUGUGUGUGUGUGUGUGUGAGAGAGAUGAUUUGUGCUCGUGCUGGCCUGUAGUUGGAGUAUAUCCUCUAAUACACACAAGGACUUUUAAUCAUGUCUACAAAUAAAGUGAAGAAAGUGAAGAUGGCCACCAAAUCCUGCCCGGAAUGUGACCAACAGAUUCCUGUAGCGUGUAAGUCCUGCCCGUGUGGCUACGUCUUCAUCAGCCGGAAGCUUCUGAACGCUAAGCUGAGCGAAAGAUCUCCUCCUGGUUUCGAUAAACUGGAGGCGAAGAGAAGACGAACGGAAAGAAUAAGGAAGGAGAAGAUCAAUUUAACCCCCACUAAUGAUAUGGAAAACAGGAGGCGGUCCCGCACCAACAGCCAGUCCGAUCCCAUCCGGAGAGGGCGUGGCAGGCCGAAGACUGUGGGUCUGAAGAAGCAGGAGGAGGAGAAAGAAAAACAGGAAAAGGAAAUCGACAUCUAUGCCAACCUGUCAGACGAGAAGGCCUUCGUGUUCUCCGUGGCCUUGGCUGAGAUCAACCGCAAGAUCCUGGGCCAGAGGCUCAUCCUGUAGACUCAUCCAGGAUGAGCAAGACAAAGAGGGAGGGGCUAAAGUGAAUGAUUGAUUGACUGGCGAGGAAUUGGGAUUAGACGGAAUAGGACUGUAUGGGAAUCCUGCUACAUGGACCUAUAGAUGACCCUUUCUUUCUUUCGAGUUGGAGAAAGCAGGAGAGUUGGAGAAGGGGCACUAGGACCCUGGGGUUCCAGGGACCCUGGACUGCUUUGGCUUAACAAUGGAAGAACCCUAUUGGACGGGAUGGUGCUAUGGAUGAGAAAGGACAUGAAUAUUUGAUUCUGGACAGUUUAGGAAUCUUAUUUAUCAUCAAAUCAGAGUGAAAUUUUAUGGAAUGUAUUAAAUGAUAGGUGUUUUUUUUUUUUUUUUUUUCUUUUAAACAAAUUAUUUGUGGUUCGUCAUGAGCAGCCUGAUGCCAGUCACGCAACAAUCUCCAAAGACUUGAAGAGUAAACAUUUGUCACAGCAACAAAGUGUCCUGAACUAGGCCUGUCACGAUAAUCGAGAUAGAUCGUUCUCUCAUCCAAAAUACAGUGCUAUUCUAACCUGGAAUUUACCUCGGCAGUGCUAUUCUAAUUACAGAUUUACACCAGCAGUGGUAUUUUAGUCAGAAAUGUACCUUAGCAGUGCUGGUUUAGUCAAAUAUUUACCUUAUCAGUGCUGUUUUAGUUACACAAAUAUUAGGUAAACAAAUUGUUUGUGGUUCAUCAUAAGCGGCCUGAUGCCAGUCACGCAACGAUCUAAAAAGACUUCUCUCAAAAGACUUAAUGAGUAAACAUUUUCCACAGCAACUAAGUGUCCAGAACUAGGCCUGUUACGAUAAUCCUGAUUUAUCGUUUACUCAUCAAAAAUACAGUGCUGUUCUAAUCAGGAAUUUACCUCAGCAGUGCUAUUUUUAAUUAUACAUUUUUAACAUCAGCUGUGGUAUUUUAGCCAGAAAUUUACCUCAGCAUUGCUAUUCUAAUCAUAAAUUUACAUGAGCAGUGGUGUUUUAGUCAGAAAUGUACCUUAGCAGUGCUGGUUUAGUCAAAUAUUUAUCUCAUUAGUGCUGUUUUUUUUUAUCUAAAUAUUUUAUCUCAGCAGACCCACAAACAAUUUUUUUUUUGUUCGUCAUGUGCGGCCUGAUGCCAGUCCCGCAGCAAUCUCAAAAGACUUUAAGGGUAACAUUUUCCACAGCAAUAAAGAAGUGUCCUGAACUAGGCCUGUCACAAUAAUCACAAUAUGCCACUCACUCCUCUAAAAUACAGUGCUAUUUUAAUCAGGAUUUUACCUCAGCAGUGCUAUUCUAAUCACACAUUUGCCUAAGCAGGACUAUUUUAGCCAGAAAUUUACCUCUGCAGGGCUAUUUUUAAUUAUAAAUUUACACCAGCAGUGGUGUUUUAGUCAAAUGUACCUUAGCAGUGCUGGUUUAGUCAAAUAUUUAUCUCAUCAGUGCUGUUUUUUUAUCUAAAUAUUUUAUCUCAGCAGACCCACAAACAAUUUUUUUUUUGUUCGUCAUGUGCGGCCUGAUGCCAGUCCCGCAGCAAUCUCAAAAGACUUUAAGGGUAACAUUUUCCACAGCAACAAAGAAGUUUCCUGAACUAGGCCUGUCACAAUAAUCACAAUAUAUCAUUCACUCAUCUAAAAUACAGCGCUAUUCUAAUCAGGAAUUUAGCAGUGCUAUUCUGAUCACACAUUUGUCUAAGCGGGACUAUUUUAGCCAGAAAUUUACCUCAGCAGUGCUGUUGUAAUUAUAAAUUUACAUCAGAAGUGGUAUUUUAGUCAGAAAUGUACCUUAGCAGGGUUUGUUUAGUCAAAUAUUUACCUCACCAGUGAUGUUUUAGUUAAGUAUUUAUCUCAGCAGACCCACAAACAAAUUGUUUGUAAAAGUCAAAAUACUUGAAGAGUAAACAUUUUCCACAGCAACAAAGUGUCCUGAACUAGGCCUGUCACGAUAAUCACAAUAUAUCGAUCAUUCAUCUAAAAUACAGUGCUAUUCUAAUCAGGAAUUUACCUCAGCAGUGCUACUCCAAUCACACAUUUGCCUAAGUAGGACUAUUUUAGCCAGAAUUUUAACCCAGUAGUGCUAUUCUAAUUAUAAAUUUACAUCAACAGUGGUGUUUUAGUCAGAAAUGUACCUUAGCAGUGCAAAUCGUUUGUGGGUCAUCAUAAGUGGCCUGAUGCCAGUCACGCAACAAUUUUAAAAGGCUUUUCGCAAAAACUUGAAGUGUAAACAUUUUCCACAGCAACAAAGUGUCCUGAACUGGCCCUGUCACGAUAAUCACGAUAUAUCGGUGUCUUAUCCAAAAUACAGUGCUAUUCUAAUAAGGAAUUUACCUCAGCAGUGCUGUUGUAAUAAUAACUUUACAUCAGCAGUGGUGUUUUAGUCAGAAAUGUACCUUAGCAGGGCUGGUUUAAUCAAAUAUUUACCUUAUCAGUGCUGUUUUAGUUAAGUAUUUUUCUCAGCAGAACCACAAACUAAUUAUAUAGUUUACUUUCAUCUAAAAUACAGUUGCACAAUUGCUUUACUAUCAAAACGGAAGGUUCAAAGUUACCAGGGGCAAUAAAUCAUUACCGGCAGCAGUAUGUGGACAAGGAUUGUCCUGUUGGAAUAGCGCACCGGAGCGUGCAUUCAGAAAAGUACAGACACUGGUUGCAAGACUUUAUUAAAGCAACAUUAUGUUGUAAAAGUUCCUGUAAUUAAUGUAAUUAAUGAAUUUGCUUUCAGGAUGUUGAACGUGUGAAAACAAGCUGUGGAUCUUUGCUCUGACCACAGUUUCUCCACAUAUAGACAUUGGUUUUCUUCACCAAGACAAAAGCAGAAAUGCAGAGUGUCAUCUUCAGUGACCUGAAGUCCUGCUUUUGGCACUUCCUCCUGGGUGCAACUAUUUAUUUUUUGAUGAUGAGUUUUCAAUACACAGCUCUGGAAAAAUUAAGAGAGCACUUCAGUUUCUGAAUCAGUUUCUCUGAUUUUGCUAUUUAUAGGUUUAUGUUUGAAUAAAAUUAACAUUGUUGUUUUAUUUUAUAAACUGCAAACAUGUUUUAUAUUUUAAAAUUUUUUUUUUCUGACUGAAAUACCAAAAAAAAAGAGCUUUCAGGCCUCAAAUAAUGCAAAGAAAGCAAGUUCAUAUUCAUAAAGUUUUAAGAGUUCAGAAAUCAAUAUUUGGUGGAAUAACCCUGGUUUUAAAUUAUAGUUUUCAUGAAUCUUGGCAUCAUGUUCUCCUCCACCCGUCUUACACACUGCUUUUGGAUAACUUUAUGCUGCUUUACUCCUGGUGCACACAUUUAAGCAGUUCAGUUUGGUUUGAUGGUUUGUGAUCAUCCAUCUUCCUCUUGAUUAUAUUCCAGAGGUUUUCAAUUUGGUAAAAUCAAAGAAACUCAUCAUUUUUAAGUGGCCUCUUAUUUUUUAUUUUUAUUUUUCCAGAGCUCUUUAUGGACAUUUGUGCAGACCUUGAUAUUACAUAUUAGUGUUUUUGGACACAUAGAACCCAUUAAAGUGAAUGGGCCAGUAGGUCAACUUUUGUUUAAAAACAGUGGUUGUAUUUUAUUUAAGUUUUAUUUUUUUUUAAACAAAUUAUAUUCCAGUUUUAAAGUCUGAAUAUUCUAAAUAAUUAAAUGCUGUUAAAAGCAUAAAAUUGCAUUUUUGCGCUGAUAAUAAGUUCUGGCACAAUAAAUCAAUAGAUCAUUCUAAUAAAAAAAAAUACACAAGUUAUUGUGACAGGCCUAUUGUGAACAAACUCCUGAACUGUAUUUGCUUUAAAGCAAUUGUUGUUGUUUUUAUUGUUUUAGCUUAUAAUAUUACUGUUAUUAAGUGCAGAAAAGGCUGCUUCCGACACUUAUAGAGACCAUAUGGACAGUGUUUGUUUUUUAAAGUUAAAGUACCCAUAGUAUCAUCACAGGAAGACCCCGUUCACACCUAGCAUUAAUAUGCAUCCCAGUUGGUCCAAUCACAAAUGCUGAAUUGCCUAAAUGAAUAGCCAUUCACACUUGGAAUUUUAAAUGCAUCUCCUGUGAGCGUCCAUGAUCUGAAUUUUGAUUUAAAUCAUUUCCACUGGAGAAGGAAGGGGGGAGGUUUGGGUAAGGCCCAAUCCCAUUUCAACCCUUGGCCCUACCACUUACCCCCUACCCCUUGUUUUUGAGUUUAACCCUUCCCUUUGAAACAUAGUUAGAAGGGAAAGGAGUGAAAUCAUCCACCCUAAGAAUUGGGACAACCAUUAAAGCCCCCCAUACGUUAUCAGGAGCGCUAAAGUUCAGUAACCUAACUGCUGCUGCUGCUGCUGCUGUUAACUAGUUAACUUUAGGGCGUAUUUUAUCGUAUUGGUCUUCAGAAAGGGGGGAGAUGAUGACAUAUUAAUGUAUAAAUUAAUUAUUAUUGUCUAUUCUCUAAUUGCUCUAUGAUUUGGAGCUGAAAUUAACUUUAAUUAGCUUUUAUUUUAAUUAAUUUCUUAACUAGUUUCUGUUUCGCCUUAAAUACUGCAGCUCCUGACAUUUGCUACGCCAUUUAAGGUGGAAAGGGAAAGUUAGCUAGCUUAGCUAGCUACUGAGACAAACUAUUAGCUAUCUUUUUUUUUUUUUUUAAUGCUUGUUAUGAAGAAUUCAGCCAUAGAACAUUGAAACUACACCCUAAUCUCAGGUAAUAUAGAGCUAAUCAACACUUUUUACAAGGAAAAUACUUUUACAUUUGUGUAUUUCUUUGGUCACUUGUUCUACUAUCUUAACAGUAAUUCUCAUUCCGCUUGAUUUGAAGUGUGCAUCUGAAAUUUUGUUAGCUAGUAAGCCCCAUCCUUUCCCCCUAAACUACCCCUCCAGCCUUAUGAGAAUCGGGGGUAAGGGGUAGGGCCAAGUGGUGAAAUGGAAUUGGGCCUUCCAGUUUUCUGUAGACGGAGUCCUUGGUUCAAAUCCAGGGGAGGCAGCUUGUUUGGAGUGUGUUCCAGACACUUGUAUCACCUUUUAUGCGUUAGCUUGUUCUUGCAGCGCAGUAGUAUUGAAGCUCAGGUACCCCGAGCGGACGGUGGACGGUGUGGUAUCACAGUUUCAGUUAUUAAGUGUGAACAGAUGUGAAUUGGAUACAGUGCGUCUGUAGGACCCAUCGUAAUCCUCAUCAUUAUUAUUACUGUAGUGUGAAAUCCAAAGUCUAAGUGUCUCAAUGCAUACUUAACAGCAAAGCUCCGCCCACAUUAACUGUGGCACAUGCUUAGGCCUGUCAGGAUAACUACAUUAUUGACUUAUCAUACAAUAAGUGGACAUGACCUCAAUAUAUUUUAUAAUCACAAUACUGUCUAUUCUGUUUAUUUGUAUGUUUUUUUUUGUUUGUUUGUUUUUUAACAGUAUUUAUUUUAGACAAUCAUGCAAUACCACACCAAUGCUCCAAAAACAGCAUCUCCAUAAACACAGUGUGGAAUUCUGCAGUAGGUGAAGAGAAAAAUAUAUAAAAAAAUAUAUAUAAGAAAAAUAUAUUUCCCAAACCAUUUUUUUUCCCCAAAAAAUUGUUUUUAAAAGGGUAAAAUUGCUUUGUCAUGUUCUUCUAUUGUCAUUAUAUCAGUGGAAUUUAAUGGUUAUAAAAUAACAAUAAUAUACUUUAUCGCAAUAAUUUCUGGGAUUAUAUAUUUCAGACACAAAAAUUCAUAUUGGGACAGGCCUACCCAUGCUGGAACAUAUGUCAUAACCAAAAGUGAAAUACCACACCAUUAGAGCUGCAACGAUUAGUCGAUAUAAUCGGCAAUGUCAAAUUUCUAAACUUCAAAAGUGCCCAAACACAACUGAUUACAUAUUUAUUCACUAAAUAUCAGUACUUUCCACAUUUAAACAUUUCUAGACAUCUAGACAUUAAAAUGCCUUUUAAAUCUAAUGUUUUUAGCUAUUUUUAUCAUUUUUAAAGAUGGUGAACAUGAUUGAAAUAAUCGUUGACUAAUCGAACAAAGAAAUAUAAUAAUAAUAAUCAGAUUAAUCGACUACCAAAAUAAUUAUUUGUUGCAGCCCUACACACCAUCCACCGUCCACACAGGUUAGCUCAGCUCCAUACGCUACAAUAAGAGGCUAUUGGAUAAAGGUGAUACGCUUAGCUUUAGAUGCCUCAUUUACAUGCCUGUAUUUGAACCAAGGACUUUAAGACUUUAAUGAAAAUAACUGGCCCCGCCUCCAGCAAAAAAAAUGCUGUGAUCAGAAAUUCGAUCACAAUUAAAAGCCUCACAGGAGAUUCUCAAAUAGUUACAUUUUUUUUUUUUUUUGCAUUUUGCCAAUCGUUUGUUAUCAGAUAACCUGGGAUGUAUGUUAAUGCCAGGUGUGAACGGGGCUAUUUGUGUUCACACUACAAAUAAUAAUGUGGUUUCAAACAUUGUGAAUGUGUUCUAAGUGAUCAGAUUACGAUGUAUAUCCUCAAGACACUUUUCUGUAUCCCGUUCACACCUGUACUUUAUGUGCUCACCACUAGUGAUCAGAUCAUAGAGGAUGCAUUCUAAUGCCAGGUGUGAUUGGACAGUAGCCAGAGAGUAUAUUUAACCUAAUUGAAAACCUCUGGAAUAUAAUCAAGAGGAAGAUGGAUGAUCACAAGCCAUCAAACCAAACUGAACUGCUUGAAUUUUUGCACCAGGAGUAAAGCAGCAUAAAGUUAUCCAAAAGCAGUGUGUAAGACUGGUGGAGGAGAACAUGAUGCCAAGAUGCAUGAAAACUGUGAUUAAAAACCAGGGUUAUUCCACCAUUUUUUUUCCAGAGCUGUAUAUCUGCCGAUGCCAGUCUGAUAUACACAUUUAUUACUUGUGCAGACAAACUGCACACCCCCAUAUUAUAAAAAAAUUAAAAUUAAAUUAGCUUAAAAUUAAAAUUAAAUUAGCUUAAUUCUAUGUGUUUUAAAAUAGAGUAAAUAAACCUGCGAUGAUGCAUAUUGGUUGUGAAAUUCUGUGAAACUGACACCAAUAAAUGAAUAAUUUAUAUAUUAUUUUAUGCUGAGUAUCGUACAGAAUUGUGGUGCGAAAUAUCAAAUAACACAAAAUCUCAGUAUUGUGAUAUCAUCGGUAUAUAUAUAUAUAUAUAUAUAUAUAUAUAUAUAUAUAUACUGUAUUGUGGGCAGUUUAUAGUGAUACAGCUCUCUCUUUCUCUGAUUUUGCUAUUUAUAGAUAUAUAGAUGUAUCAGACCUUAAAUAAUGCAAAGAAAACAAGUUCAUAUUCAUAAAGUUUUAGGAGUUUUAGAAAUCAAUAUUUGGUGGAAUAAUCCUGGUUUUUAAUCACAGUUUUCAUGCAUCUUGGCAUCAUGUUCUCCUCCACCAGUCUUACACACUGCUUUUGGAUAAUUUUAUGCUGCUUUACUCCUGGUGCAAAAAUUUAAGCAGUUCAGUUUGGUUUGAUGGCUAGUGAUCAUCCAUCUUCCUCUUGAUUAUAUUCCAGAGGUUUUCAAUUUGGUGAAUUUGAAGAAACUCAUAAUUUUUAAGUGGUCUCUUAUUUUUUUUUUCCAUAUUCCCACCACUAUUUGUGUACACAAAUUCAGUCUGAUCACUUUUUUUUUUUUUUAAAUAACAGUGUGGACAGUCAUCUCUGCCAGUUGAGUGUUCUUUCUAGUCUUCUAGUUUUUGCCCUAAAUAUGUAUUCAGGACUGUUCCUGGCUCUUCCCAGGACACGGGUCGGGCUUGCUCUUGGGCCUAAUUGCAUCAACCCUGGUGAUCAAUCAUUGAAAAUCCGAUUUGACGUAAUCUGUGUGCAGAAUCCGGCCCUCAGGCCGUUUCUUGGAACAGGCGCUAUUUCUUGUUUACCAAAAAGAGCCGUUCCUCUGUGCAGAGCUGUGCAGAGCUGUGGUCUGGCGUAUCAGACGGUUGUUACUGUAUCUGUUGCUUCAGGCUCUUUGUUCGCUGAUCUGUGUUGCUUAUUAUUUGAAGUGUCAGUGAGCUGUUCUUCUGCAGAAUUAACUCCAGCGUCUUUAAUCUAAAGAGUAGCAGUUGAUGGAGGAGGAGGAGGAGCUCUGGAACUCCUGCUGCUCAGUGCUUAUUUAUUACAGCUCCAGCACCAUAAUUGAACAGCAUAUUUUAGUUUUAUAUUUGUUCCGCUUCUUUGAUUUGUUCUGCAGAUGGUAAAAGUGUAUGUGUGUUAAUCACACUGUUCAUGAGUACUGUAUACUGUAUAUUGUAUAUUGUAUAUUAAACAUCAAAGGAAAAGCAA